AUGGCCUAUCAGUCCUCUCCCCACAUCUGUGGAUGUUAUUAUAUCGAUACAGUCGAAGAUGUCUUACGCCGUACGUACCUGCCUCAGGUGAAGCUUGACGUUCACACUACCAUUCUCUCUACCGCCUCGAGCACAGUUCUCAGGCAGACAUUCUUCAAUCCAUCCAAGGACAAGCCUCUCGGCGAAGUGCGGUACACUUUUCCACUCUUUGACGGCGUCAGUGUAGUCGAAUUCAAGUGCCAGAUUGGCGAACGUAGCAUCUUCGGUCUCGUAAAAGAGAAGGGUGAGGCACGAAAACAAUAUGAAAAAACCAAAGAGCGAGGCGGAAAUGCCGCGCUCUUGGAACAACUCCCUGAUGCCGCGGACGUCUUCACAACUUCAGUCAGCAACAUCCCAGAGGGUAGCGAGGUUCUCAUCACCAUCAGAUACAUUCAGGAGCUGAAGCACGAUGCCGAAGUCGAUGGCAUCCGUCUGAACAUGCCGACGUCUAUCGCCCCUCGGUAUGGAUCGUACCCGAGCCAGCUAAUGGAAUCAUUUUCCGCCUAUCAUUCUAGAGGUAUCUCAAUUACGGUCGAUAUCUGCAUGGCCGAAGGUGUUCCAAUCAAGAAAGUUAUAUCACCGUCUCACCCUAUUGAGGUGUCACUCGGUUCACUGUCGACUAACACUGUCGAUGAGGAGCCGUCCACAUCCCAAGCCUCUGCCACGCUCGCACUUGGCACUGCCGAACUUGAAAAGGACUUCGUCCUCCAGAUUGUUGCGAAGGAUGUUGGCAUACCUCAAGCAAUUCUUGAAGUGCACCCGACCUUGCCUAACCAGAGCGCACUCAUGGCGACCCUAGUUCCCAAGUUUUCGCUCAAACCCCACAAGCCGGAGAUUAUCUUCAUUGCGGAUCGGUCAGGAUCGAUGUCAGGGAAUGUAGCAACCCUUAUAUCUGCUCUCCAGGUCUUUUUGAAGUCACUACCUAUUGGUGUCAUGUUCAAUAUCUGCUCUUUUGGUUCAAGCUACGAAUUUCUGUGGCCAAAGAGUCAGCUGUAUGGGAAAGAUACCCUUAAUCGCGCCAUGAAGUACGUUAGCAAAUUCGACGCGAACUUUGGCGGGACCGAAACUUUCCAGGCCGUGAAAGCUGCUGUUGAGGGUCGCCUCAAGGGGAUUACCACAGAGCUCAUGCUCUUGACUGAUGGAGAUAUCUGGUCACAAGAUCAAAUGUUCCAAUAUAUCGAAAAUGAGACCAAAGACGGCAAGGUCCGGGUAUUUCCAAUCGGUAUCGGAGGUGGUGUGUCAAGUUCGCUCAUCGAGGGUAUUGCCAGAGCCGGCAGGGGAUUCGCUCAGAUGGUUGGCAACAAGGAGAAACUGGAUGGCAAGAUCGUCCGCAUGCUAAAGGGAGCACUGACACCUCACAUCAGUGAUUACCAUUUAGAGGUCAAGUAUGAGGAUGAUACUGUGGAUUCAGUUGUGGACUCUCUUCGCCUGAAGCUUAAUUUUGAAGAGAGUCAAGUGGAAGGUCGGUACCCGCUCCGCAACAAGCCCAUAUCACUCUAUGAUCCCGACUCCAAGGAAGAACAUCCCAAAGAAAACGAGCCCCAGGACAUCUUUGCUGGCCUCCCUAAAUUUGGCCGACCAAAGAUUCUUCAAACUCCGCAUAAAAUUCCGCCGCUUUACCCGUUCAACCGAACCUGCGUCUACCUGCUCCUGUCUCCGGAGGCUUCUAGACAAGUACCGAAGAGCGUUAUUCUCAAGGGCACGUCACCCGAGGGGCCUCUCGAACUCGAAAUCCAAGUUGAAAUACGCAAAGAGCCUGGAGAAAUGAUACAUCAGUUGGCUGCUCGAAAAGCCACUCAAGAGCUUGAAGAAGGCCGUGGUUGGGUUUGUGAAUUGAAGACGGAUGCGGGCGCAUUUAUUAAAGACAAGUAUCCAGCACAAUUUGCGCUGCUCCAGAAACGAGAGGCUGUUCGACUGGGUGUUGAAUUCCAAGUUGGUGGGAAGUACUGCUCCUUCGUUGCUAUCGAAGCCGACGACGCUGAAAUCGCUGAGAAGCGAAAGAAUGCCUUAGCAAAGACAUCAGCUCCUUCAGCUCCUGUAAUGUCCCAACGACAGAGGGGUAAAGCGACCCCAAGGUUUAGUUCUGCUACGCCUUCAGUCCUCCAUACCGCCUCAAGCAAGAAGCGAAGAAAGAUUGGUGCUAAUAGAUUUUUAGAUAGAGAAGCUAAAGUCGAGGAAGAGUGUGAUGAAAGUGAUGAGGAUAUGGGUUUUGGUCUCUUCGAUGAUGGUCCCACAAUUAGCUCUGCAACUGCUCCUGCCAUUAUCAAACGGCAGGCGUCUGGCAGGGGUAAGGAAGAGAAAGCUUUGAGUAAAGAGGAGCUACUCUUACGUCUAAUCAGCAGGCAGUCUUUUGAAGGAUCAUGGUCUAGGGAGCAGCUGCCGUGCGAUACUAUGGGGAUUGAUCGCGAUGCAGCUCGAGCCGCUGUUCCUAAGUUAAUGUCGGCGAAUACCGGCUUAGGUGAGGAGUCUAUUGUGAUCAUCUUAGCUACAGCCAUUGUUGUGUUGUUCCUCGAGAAGAAGAUGGCUAGUGAAGAGGACACAUGGGAGCUGAUUGUCGAAAAAGCGCGAGGAUGGCUGAUUGAUCAGAUACCGGAGGAUGCUCUCGAGAAGGUGUGGAAGGAGGCCAGCAUCCUGGUUGGAGGUGCUUAA